UCACGCAACUGCGAGAACGGAUAUGGUGGCUUGAGUGAAUGCGUGGUACACGUUGCGUGCUCACGUCUUUGGGGUUCUGCUUAUUUAUUUGAAAGUUCUUAAUUUUAUUUCAAUCACUUAUAAGGUUCGUCGUGAACGCCACGCUGACUACCAUGGCAGACUCAAGCUUAGAUCAGUUCUUCGCGAAGAAAGACAAAAGCAAGAAGGCGAAGACCAAAAGCAAGGUGACUUCAGAACAAAUUGCCAAGAAGAUCCAAGAAGACCCAGGAAAGAAAGAUGAAAAAAGUCAAAAGAAGGACAAAGCUGAAAAUUCUACAGGAAAGGUAUCUGCAACAAUUCCUUCUCUUGAACAGGAGGAUGAGGAGUGGAAGGACUUUGAGGAGGAGAAGGAGAGGGACUACAGCGGUCUUCGAAUCCAUGCUCUUACCUUGGCGGAGAAAGAGAAGGAGGAAGAGGGAGCGAAAGAAGGCCAGAUGGAAGAUGAGAAUGCAGACUCUCCAUCCCAGGGAGAGCAGCAAUCCGGGCCAUGGAAGGUGCAGUCAGGAAUGGCUGCAGCAGCUGACUCCUGUGCACCUCCUGAACCUGAGCCAGAACCUGAACCUGUGCCAGAACCUGAACCAAAAGAGACCAAGCCCACCCAGCCUCAGGCGUACCGACCUCCACACCUGCGCAGUUCAUCAGGGAGGACGCAGAGCACACCUGGAGGAGGUGGUGGAAGGCGAGGCAACCACACAACCUAUGAUUUCACCAGUGAAGAGCAGUUCCCUUGCCUAGGGGCAGCAGUGGACGGCAGUAAAGUGCGACAAGGGGAAUCCGUGGACCGCAGCUUUACGUCUGUCAAGCAUGGCCUGCGGAACAGAGAAGACAUUUCUCAGCAACAUGUCAAGCUGGACUUGGAGAACAAGUACUCUGCUCUCCAUCAAGGUGAUAACAACUAGGCGCCUCAUCUUGAAGCAAAAUUGCAGCAGACCCUCGCCACUACCCUCAAUACAGACAGAGGAAAGGGAGCUGUUGGCACCGUGCCCCGGGAAUGAAACAUAUUCUGCAAGAAGUGUGGCAAGGACCAGAAGUUUGGAUUGGAAGUAGUUUCUAUAUGUGCGGAAAUCACCUGAAACUGAGACUUGCUAUGGCAGCACCUUUGCCUUCUACACUUACUUUAUCUUUUUCUUUGUCAUUUGCGUCCCUUUUUCCGUGCAGCAUCAACAGUGGGGUCAUUUUUGUAGGCAAAACUAGGAAGAACAAACUGGUGGACCACGUGUUUGACAUAAGCUCAUUUAGGCCGGGUGACUCAGUGCUGGAGUGUUGUGACUGUGCUAGGCAUGUGCAAAACUGCUGUUCUGGAGUUGGUGUAGCAACGUGUACCAUCUGAAUGCAGUGCUGAUAGAGGACUGAAAAUUACAGGCUCUCUUGGCAAAUGUGGUAUCUGUGCGUUGAUGAAAUCUCUUGCAGUUUCUGUUAGUUGACUGAUACCUCAUUGCUAAUUUUUCUUUUUGUGGACGUUGUGGAGUUAACAACAUGGUUCUUGCCAGUUCAGUUGCUAAAAGUUCAAAUUUGCACCUAUAGGUUGUGCAGCAGCAUUUUUUGUUUAAAUGCAAUUUAGGAAAUGCCACUGUUUGAAAUAAAGGUUGGGGCUCAUGAAUGUUGUUUUGAGCAUGUAUCUGGAUUGGUGAGCAUUGUAUCAUUUGUGCAGCUGGUGACCACAGAGUGGAAAGAUGUUGAGAGUACUGUUAACAUAAGUAUGAGGAACUAAAUAUGUUGCAGAAGGAAUCGAAGCUUGAUCAAUGUGAGACAAAAUACAAUCUUUCAGUUUCCAACUUAAGUCCUGAAUGGUCGGUGGGCCCAAUUUCAUUGCAUGAUUGUGAAUCACUCUUAUGAAAAAUAUUCUGUGGUUUGAUGAAAUAAAUAUAGGAUUCUACAGUUCUGCCUUGUCAUCAAGUGAGGUUUGCUCAACCAACCUAAGCUUCCCUUUGAGGUCCAAAGCUAAACAAAAGGCUUUUCGUUCCUUGUGUCCACAAAAAUUGUAUGGUUUGUGUGUGCAAAAGCUGUGCUGUGCCCUUGUUAAUCUGGACUUGUUGAUAGUAUGUGCACUUCUACGUAACAAAGAAAACAAAUACAGAAAUGCUGUUGCUGUUACAUAAAAUAUUGUUGCGCAAUGCAUAUAAUGAAGAAAGCUGUUGCUGUGUGGCAUUGUUGCACAAUUUCAUGCGGCUGGUUUCUUCAGCAAAUCAAAUUGUGAAAAACCCUCUCCGGGUUGAGUGGUGAGCCUAAUGUUGCCCAAUUUAUUUUUAUGCAAAUUGUAGUUUGUAUCUGAAUUUUAUUCUGUAUGGUAAAGAGUUCUUGAAAUUAAAGUGUCUGGGAGACCACA